AUGAGCAUUUUACUUUACCGACCACCGGCAAAAAUUGAUGGUAAAUUUGCAGCAACUUCCUUGGUUAUAUCGUUUGCUAUUUUGCUAGUGCAGUGCGGCAGCGAGAAGAAACCGAAAUAUGAAAUAACAAAUUCGAUGCGUACCAUUGCUACACCAGCAAUGCCAAUGUCACCCAGCUCACCACCACAGCUUCAGCCUAUGAGCCCCAGCCAGCAGCUUGUAACACCAGCACCCGAACAACAAACACCUGCA